GAUUAUAGGCUACAUUAAUCCUCGGAGGAAACCAAGUGCCGUACAAGGACCCCUGGGGCUCCUGGAAUCCACUGGGAGACCGUGAUUUGGGGAUUUGUUUGUUCCCUGCGAUGCCACUAGAUGUCAUACAACCAAACACCAGCUGUAGCUGCUAAUACAGUGUACAAGGAGAGUCUGUCUUCAUUUAUUAGAUCUUAACCAGUUUAAUGGCUAAUAAACGCCCGCUGCUUCUGAAUAUUGAUCACUCACUUUGAUAAAUUAGUGCCUAGAUUGAUGCCGCGGUGCUUCGAGGGGAAAAAAAGCAAUCAUGUGUUGACAUCCGUGCGUCAUCUGGACCCCGGCGGCGGCGCGUACUGCUACUCCGUCGUGCCUCCUCAGACCGGAGAGUGCACACAUCGAUCACCGAUCAGCGCGUUAACUGAAUCCAUCAACCAAUCAAUCCGUUGCGACCGGCGCGACUCAACCCGGAUGACCUCCAGAGAGUGAGGAGAGUGCGGAGGCAGCAGCGCCCGGAGGAGAUGCGCAUAUCUGCAGGUCUCUAGCGCUGUCGUAAAACAAGUGUCGGGUACAAGUCAGCUAUCAUUUAAGCGAUGCCAGGGGUAACCAAGUAUAAUUUAGUGGAUGACGUGCAUGAUUUGAGGAUCCCCAUGCACAACGAGGAGGUGUUUCAGCAUGGGGUCUGCUUCGAGGCAAAGUACAUUGGCAGUUUGGAGGUGGGUCGCCCCGGCAGCCGGAUGGAGAUAGUCGCUGCGAUGAGGAGAAUCAGAGUAAGACAUUAUGAAUUCAAACUGAAGAAGAUAAAGAAAAAGAAGGUCAACAUUGUUGUAUCAACUGAUUUUGUCAAAGUGAUUUUACGCAAAAAGAAGAAGAGAAAAGGGUGGACAUGGGAUGAGAAUACAAUCUUGGUGACACAGGAUCCCAUCUACAGGAUCUUCUAUGUCUCACAUGAUGCUCAAGACUUAAAGAUCUUCAGCUAUAUAGCAAGAGAUGGACAGAGCAACAUCUUCCGCUGCAAUGUCUUCAAAUCUAAGAGGAAGUCUCAGGCCAUGAGGAUUGUGCGGACGGUGGGUCAGGCAUUCGAUGUGUGUCAUCAGCUGACCCUGCAGCAGAAAUCUGACGACCAGGAGGAUGAGGAGGGGAAGGCGGACGAGUCUGAGGCAGCGCCAGCUAAGAAGAGAUUUGCAUUGUCAGAGGAGACCGACCUUGAAGCCACAACAGAGGAGAGCAUUGAGUGUGUCUCUUCAUCAGACCUGGAGAAGAGCAAAAAGGACGAGGCCCUCGGUAACGACGGGAAGGAAUCCGAUGACCCCUCUCUUCUGCUGAGCUCCCCCAUCCUCGGAGCCUCUGUGUCAGGUCAGUCGGCAACAGAGGCUCCCUGCUCUGCAGACCACCAGGUCCACCUCCUUCAGAAACAGCUGCAGCAGCAGGAACAGCAGGCACUGGCAGCUUCUGCACAGGUGCACGUGCUCCAGGAGCAGUUGUCGGUGGAGGUGUGUGCUCGAACCGAAGCCCAGACGAGAGUUCAGAGGCUGCUGCAGCAGAACACGGACCUGCUGCAACACAUUUCCCUGCUGGUCAAACAGAUCCAGGAACUGGAGCUCAAAGCUGCAGGGCGUUUAACAUCUAUGGGCUCCCAGGACAGUCUUCUGGAAAUCACUUUCCGUGCCAAGCCCCCCAGCACGCCCCGUGAACCUCUCACCCCCUCUUCAUCUACGGGCCCCUUAGCAUCUCAGUCCCAGCACCAGAUUAGUGACAGUGCCUGGGUCUCCCCCCUCCCUGGGCCCUGCUCUCCAGGCACCAUGGGCACUGACGCCAGUCUUCUGGGGCUCAGUGGCAGCGGAGUUCGGCUUGAGUGCUUCCGUUUCUCGUUCCGGACGCCGGACAACCAGGAGCAAGGCCAGGAAACAGGGGAGACUCCCAGCGACGGAGCCCCAGAUGACAGUUCGCUGCUGAGGGAUCAGGUCUUGGGAGCCCUGGAGCUGCUCCGGUUCAGGGAAUCAGGGAUCGGAUCAGAGUACGAAUCGAACACAGAUGAGAGCGACGACCGGGACAGCUGGGGGCAUGGGGAGGGAACGGGGGGCGAGGGUGCCGCUCGACUAUUGAACGUGUUGAAUGCAGAAGGUCUACCGGACUGCUUAGGAGAUGAGAUGGCUGUGUAGUGGUGCUCUUAAAUCUGCAGUAGCCAAUUUUACACUUAACACAUAAACCCCAAUAAGAAAAAGGUGAAAUUCAGAAUCUGAAGGACUUCAUGACCCAGAAAUCAUGCAUUGUGACAGUAAACUGCAUUGCCUGCAGAUAUAAAUUAAGGUGGCUGAGAGUGAGUCCAGCUGGAAAGAGUGCUCGCUUGACACAUUUCUGAAGAAAGUUUUGAUUUUGAGUUGGGUUUAGAUUUUUCACUUCCUGUGCACUGAAAAGAUGUGACUUACAAAAUUGUAUCAUAAAACAUGAAUGAUAAAUGUUCAUAAAAACAAGCUUGAAACUAGACAUCACAUGAUUAACACAUGUGCAAGUUCAAAGAUAAAUGUACACACCAAAUAAUAUAAGUAAUAAUAAUAGCCUACAGAGUUCUGAAUAACCAUAAAGAUGUUCAAGCUUAUUUUUAUUAAGUCAUUCAUGUCUUUAUCAUAUAAAUUUAUAUAAAGAGCACAGUUAUCAGUCCAAAUUUUUUGUGAGUGAAGUUUCAUGAGUUCUACACCACAUACAGUGUAUGUACUAUACUGUAACUAGGAAAUCAUACCUUCAGCAUCACCAUUUUUGUUUCACAGCUCUAUUGCAGUUCCAGUUUGUGAUGUAGGCUGAAAAAAAAAUGUGCGCAAUACAACUUUGGCAAGGUUUUCAAACAAUGAGACUGUCACAGACUGUCAGAUAGUUUAAACACUGUCAGGCUCUGUCUCUCUGUGUCUGGUAUGUGUUAAAUAACGUACAUGUGUAUGUUGAUAAUUGAUGUACCUUACAAACGUUUGGUUCCCUGCCUUGGUGCCAUCGCCACCUGCUGGGCUUGUUUCGCUGUGGUUGUGUCUGUGUUAAUGGAUUUGUGACACAUCUGGCAUGGACAUUGUCAUGUUUGUUCUUUUCUAAUAUGAAGAAAAAGACUCCCUCGCCAAGUCUGUCUGGAUAUGCUGACACAUUUUUUGGAGUGUGAAAAGUAAAACCUUGGCUGUGCUUGCUUUGACACUUGAUCUGUAAUUACACACAAUGAGCAUGUAUGCCUAAUAGAUUUUGUCCCUUUUCAAUACAUUGUAUAUAAUUUGAUCAACUUUGAUGCAAGGCAUAAAAUACUUGGCAUGAUUUUAUUCAUACUGUUCUUUAUCCUGUUUAUUAUGAAGUACAUUUUCCGAUUAGUCAAGCAAUGCUGUGUCUCAGAGGGGAUCAUCACACUGUGUGCAGGUGCUGCUACAAGCUUAUUUGUGCUGCUUAAAAAUGUAGCCACCACAUAAUGUAAGUAUUAUUUAUUAAUGCAGUACUGCAGCAGCGAUAAACUGCUGCGUCACUGUUGCUCCAACCUUACGAGGAACUGUUAAGAAAGUCCUCAAGUACCUAGUCGUGGAUAGAUGGAAGCGUCUGAGACUUCUGCACGCCUUCAUAUUCUCCUGGCCAGCUGUCGCACCAGUUCUACUGUGCUGACUGCGAGCCAACUCUUUGAAUCACUGAAUUGGGGACGUGUCUUUGAGCUCUUUCCAAAAUCGAUUAAUCUCUUCCCGGCCCUCCUCUCUCCCUCUUCCUCUCCCCUCCCUCACCUUCCUCCCCUCUGUUCCCUGAAGCUCGUUACCUCUUUCUCACUCUCUUGCACUCACAAUCUGUCUGCUGUAUCCAUCUAUCAAUAUUUCUCUGUCAAGGUUAUGUCUGUUCACAUGAAGUGUACUAAAAAUGAAAGUGCACUUACAUCGAUGUAUCUCCUCGUGGAAUAAA